AUUCCAUAAUCAUCUACCGUGCUUCAAAUUGAGAGAGCAAAAAGAAGCUUUCGUAAUUGGAAAAAGUUUGCUUGGAUGCAAGCUUUCUAGCCUACAGGUUUAGCACUCAGAUAUAAUACGAUGUGCAUCAUUGGCAUUUACUGUGCUUGUUAUUUUUGGUUCAAUAUUUAGAUCUUGCUUGCUUAUAUAUGUUGCCCCUUUUAAAUUGUAUUGUUUAUAUUUUGCAAUUUAUACCAAAUUAUGUAGAGUAGUAUCUUGCAUUUUAUACCAAAUUAUGUAGAGUAGUGAUUCAACGUAGCCGUUUCGGAAAAUGGCUUAAUUUGGUAAUUUUAUGUUGUCUAUAAAGACAUUACCUAAUGCGCUGGCAUGUGCCAAAUGUGUCAAUUAUUUCACGCCGAGCCAAAUAGGAAGUUACUGGCUCUUGAAUCACCGUACAGUUGUCAAAUUGAUCGUUCCACGUAACACUUACCGUAUCACCAACUAGGGUGCCCAGGAUCUCAAUUUAAAUGCAUAAGAUCUCUCAUGGGUCUAAUGAUUUAGUCUAAUUAGCUUUCCGGCUUAUCAUUUUAGGUAAAAUGGCUGCACAAUAGGAAGAAGGAACGGAGAAUUUUCCAGUUUGGUAGAUAAUCCUAUUGUGUUGAAUGUUAGUUUCAUUCGUUUCCUUGCUAACGGUAAGAGAGUCAAUUUGGUAAUAGGCUUCAUGUGAUUUCUUUGAACAUAACCUCUGCAUUGUUUGUUUAUAGCACACUUAAUUGCAUUGUUUCUCUAUUCUGUGUUUGCCUGGAUUUUCUUCCCCAUAUCCCCUCGGCUUGUAUGAUCUGUUUUUUAUAUUUUUUUUGUUAUGUGAAUUUUUCAACAUUGUUAAAUACUGAUUUGAUUAUUGAAUUGUCUUUAUCUUUUGUAAAUAUCAUGGUAUGCAUUUUAUGAUGAUAGAUGUUUGAUUCUGGUUGGACUAAUUAAAAAAGACUUUGAAGACGCUGAAGGAAAUCUAAGCUAAACAAAUCGAGAAGGUUAAUCCUUGAAUUUUUUGAGUUAGAUUUUUUGUCGAAAUGGAAUUUAGAUCCUAUUGACACAAAUGUUAGUUCUCUCACAAAAUUCAUAUGGAUUCUAAUGGGUAGGGUCUACUCUUUUUUUGCCUUUUAUCGCAUUUAAGUGGGGCCGCUCUUUCUCCAGCAAUAUGCUGAGGAAAGGCGAAGGCAGCAGGCCCUACCGGUGGUGUAGCUAUCCUGAUAGUACUUUUUCUUGAUGUAUUUUGCAUUCUCGUAGCAGCAUAAGCAUGCACAUGUGUGUCAUAUAGAAGUGAUAUCAGCUCUAUUUGGUGUUUUCUCGGUCAGCACUAGCAGUGACAUCAGCUGAUAUGCAGUUGACAAGAAAUGGAUUGCUAUAUAUAAAAAAUUUCCUCCAUUAGAUUAUUCCUGUUUUUAGACUGGAGAAGUAAUAGUAGCAGUAAAAUCCAGUUUUGAGCAUGUGCUUGCGCUUGAAUGUCAACGAUCUUGCCAUGUGCUGUAUGCCCAUAUUUCAUGAUUAUAAAUAGAAUAAAAAAACCUAUUUAGUUAUUCAUGAUUUUGAUGCUUCUCUGUUUGAGGUAUCUCCAGUAAUCAUCAGCAGUAAUUAGUAGUUACUGAUUAAUAUCCAUUAAGAGUACUAAUAAUCUACAAACAAAGACGAGAAAGGACCGAAUGACAGGAUAUAGAAGGAGUGCUAGAAUAACAGAGUUGGAGGAGAAAACACGUAUACAAGCUCUUCAGAAACAGACAAGUGAUGCUAGCAGUAGUCAAUCUCCACCGUCAGCUGCUAGAAAGAGGGGCCGCAAAUGCAAAAGUCUGCAAGCAGUUGUAGUUAAUUCUGUUACUACUCCUCAUCAGGAAGAAGGUUCGAAAAAUGAAGACAUUGCAUUUAAUUCUGAGCAAAUAGAAAACUCAUCUUCUCCACAAUGGCUGCCAAAGAAAGAAACACUGGAAUUUAUACUUGACAUAUUGCAGAGGAGGGACACUGAAGAGAUAUUCGCACAACCAGUUGACCCUGAAGAGGUGGUUGAUUAUUACAAUAUCAUAAAAGAACCGAUGGAUUUUGGCACCAUGAGGGCUAAACUUCAGGAAGGACUGUAUACAAGCUUGGAGCAAUUUGAGCGAGAUGUAUUUCUGAUAUCUAGCAAUGCUAUGAAGUUUAACUCUUCAACUACAGUGUAUUAUACAGAGGCUCGAGCUAUAAGUGAAUUGGGUCAACGUCUUUUUCAUUCUUUGAGAACUGAACCAGAAAACUUUCAACUGGAAUAUUCACGCACACGAAAAAGGACAGGCAAGAAAGCAGAAAGUGAAGCUGGAUGCUUAAACAUUAAGUCUGCUAAACCUGGAAGUGCUAAAAAUGAUCAACCUCUCAGGAGAACUACUCAACCAUUUCUUUCUCCACUGUAUAUGAAGCCCUACACUGGGCAAACACGCAACGGAAUUCUUCCUGUGUCAAGAGAUGUUAGGAGUUUAACUUCAUCUGACACUGAAAGGCGUGCAACGUAUAUCUCACCGGCUUCAUUUGGCAGAGAGAAUGGGAAGAUAGUUUCGGCAGUUUAUAAUGCACCAAAAUCACUUACCCAUGUUAAUCAUUCAGGUACUUCAUAUGUGGAUAGUCUGUUGCGAUUUGUCAAAGAUUUAGGGCCAACAGCACAAAAUGUUGCCCUAAGGAAGCUCACGAAAUAUCCAAUUGAAGCUCCAACCAGUCAUUCCUGGGUUCCAUCACCUUUUGGCAGGGCUACCAAUUACCCGUUUCCUACAACGUCUUCCCUUCAAAUUCCUGCAAAGCUGAACAUGGGUAGUAAUAAUAAUCAAUUUCCUUAUAAUUUCAUGCCCAACCCUUCUGCUGCUUAUAAAGGAAAGAUGGUCUGCACCGAUGAAGGAUCUAGUGCUUUUGGAGGAGAAUUGAUCCCAUCUCAUAAUAGUUUAGGAGCAAGUCCAUAUGCUGCUAACAGCGGGCUCAUUGACUAUAAUUUGCUCGGAGAAGAGGGCGCUAACACAAACACAAAUACAGGUGCUUGUGUUUCCACAACAGGGAAAGCAACUGGCACUGCUGAGAGUGCAGACCUUCUUAUUGCAACUCUCAUGCAAAUUAGUGACGUACAAAAUCGUGCUAAUAUUGCUCCAUCAGGUACGUAUUACCCGCUUUCUGGAAAUGAAAAUUUGUUCUCGGCUGUAUCACCUCAUAUCAACUCAGAGACGCAGACUUGGAUGCCAAAUAAACAUUCAGAGCCAGUCUACUCACAUUUUUCUAGUGGUAGAGCCGGAACCUCUAUUUAUUGUAAGGGAGAAGGGUCAAGUAAUGUGGGUCCUGCUCCAUUAAACCAGAUUAACAAUGGGGCUCGAUCAUGGAUUCAAAGUAAAUCCUCAGAACCUAACUACUUGAAUUAUUUAAGUAGUACAAGAGCCGCUGCUGUAUUGAAUCAGAUUAACAAUGGGUCUCAAUCUUGGAUGCAAACCAAACCUUCCGAACCUAACUACUUGCCUUGUUCAAGUAACAGUAGAGCAACUACAUUUUUAUAUCCAAAUGGCAAUGGGCCAAGUAAUGCUGUUCCUGCUUCCUUGAAUCUUAUCAACAACGAGUCGCAGUCAUGGAUGCAAAACAUACCUUCAGAGUCGACCUGCUUGCCUGAUUUAAGUAGUAGCAAAAUCACUGCUGCUUUAUAUUCGAGUGGAGAAGGAUCAAGUAGUGCUGGCCAUGCUGCUUUAAAUCAGGUCAACAGCGAGUCAGAGGCUUGGAUGCAUGAUAAACCUUUGAAGUCGACCUUCUUGCCAUAUUCAAAUUCUAGUAAUGCCACUGUUUCUGCAUAUCUCGGAGAGGGGUCAAGUAGUGCCGGUCCUGCUGCACUAAAUCAGAUUAACGAUGAGCGUCAAUCAUGGAUGCAAAACAAAUCUCUAGACCAAACCUACUUGCCUUGCUCAAAUUUUACUAGAACCGGUGUCUCUUUAUAUCCAAACGGAGAGGGGUCAAGCAGCGCUGCUCCUGCUGCAUUAAAUGACCAGGUUAUUCUUCAGCCGGAGGAGUGGAAGCAACAGGCGCUGUGGGGUCUGCCCCCGAUAUGCGAUCUGCCCGUACUGCAAACCCAUGUCAACGAUCAGGUUCCAUUGAUGCAGCCACAACUGUUACAAGUUCCAUCAGCUCAAGAAAUACCUUUAAUUAAUACAAUGAACUUCCUUGGAGGAGUUCAUCUGCAAGGUCAUCAAGCAGAGUCUUCUAAUGUUCAGCUCUUGCGGAACGCUCGACAAUCAUUAUUUAUGGAUAACAAGCAGCCUGAUCUGGAUCUACAACUGUAAGCUACAUGUUUACCCUGAUUAAGAUAUCAAUUAUGAACUUAGUAUAUUUCUUUUAAAAAUGUAUUGAUGAAUAUUGUCCCAGGAAGAGUUUAAAUGAUAAUAUCAUUUGGUUA